AUGGAGGAGCUUGUCGACCACAUGGAUGGUCUCACGUUGCCGGAGACUGGCGAUGACAAGGGGAAGCAGCAGGUCCUAGAAGACGAGGAUGACUCAAACCCCUGUGCCAUCUGUCUCAAUACCACCGCCCUCAAGGAUGUGGCAAUUCUGCCGGGCUGCGACCAUGUCUACUGCGCACACUGCAUCAUCCACUGGGCGUCGCUGAAGGAGCAGGGGGAUGCGUGCUGCCCCCAGUGCAAGACCCCCUUCUCCGAGAUCAUCACCUACCGCAAUCUGGACGGGACGUUGCAGGACUUCCCGGUGCAGAACUCGGGCAAGCACGCGAGUCGGCAACCGUGCCAUGGCGCCUCCCCUGCGCCCGCACCCAGCGCGGCCGUGGCGGUGCCGGCGCGCAAGCGCCUGGACCCCGGGAGCGUGUCGCCCGGCGCCCCCCCUUCCUGGUCGGGCGCCUCCCCCACCCCAGGCCAGCAGCAGCCGAUGGGCUCCAGCCCCAGCGGCACUGGCCGGCGGGCGAGGCGCAAUGCGCGCCGGGCGGCGCUGGAUGCCGACGUGAUUGUGGUUGCCUGA